ACGUGCUGGAGGGAGCGUGGUUAGUGUGGUGCCGGGCCCGGGCAGCGGACACCCAAGUCCGUGACGGUGGUGACGGCGGUGACGGCGGUGGUGGUGGGGUGUUGGGGAAAGCGAGGCGCCCCCGUCUGGACUCAGAAGCGUGGACUGUCUUGAGGAAGAGCCUCGGCUAAGAGAAGAAAAAGAAAGAAAGAAAGAAAAAGGCCCAGGAACCGGAAUACGAUCAAACCUCUUGUUUCCGAGGGGGGCGACUUCCAGGGAGAACCCCCCUCUGCCCCGGUAACGGCCAAAGAGGAGAUGGCGCCAGUCUGGGAGCGGCCGUGGCCGACACAGUGAGGAGGCGCGAAGGCUGGGCCAGCCCCCGGAGAGACGGCUCGGGACGAGGGCCGGCGCGGUGGCCGCCGCCAGCAUGGAAGGGGCCAAGCCCACCCUGCAGCUCGUGUACCAGGCGGUGCAGGCGCUCUACCACGACCCGGACCCCAGCGGCAAGGAGCGCGCCUCGUUUUGGCUGGGGGAGCUGCAGCGUUCGCCUCUUUGAAAUGUGCUGCUAGUGGGAGCUGCAGCUUCCUCCUGCUGACUGAGCCCCAGGCUUCGGUUGAGAUGGUCCUUUCAGGAAUGUGGAGCUUAGUCCAAGCCUGGAUUUCAGUGGGUAGCACCUGGCAUCUGUGGCUAGAAAGUCCUAUGAAGUGUUCAUGCAUGGGAGAUUUCAGACCAGUUGUUACAGAUACGUCAGGAUGUGGAAUCAUGCUAUUUUGCUGCCCAGACCAUGAAAAUGAAGAUUCAGACCUCAUUUUAUGAGCUCCCCACAGACUCUCACGCCUCUUUACGGGACUCAUUAUUAACUCAUAUCCAGAACUUGAAAGACUUGUCACCUGUCAUUGUAACACAGCUGGCUUUAGCAAUAGCAGACCUUGCCCUACAGAUGCCUUCCUGGAAGGGAUGUGUACAAACUUUGGUGGAAAAAUAUAGCAAUGAUGUAACUUCUCUGCCUUUUCUGCUGGAGAUCCUUACAGUGUUACCUGAAGAAGUACAUAGUCGUUCCUUACGUAUUGGAGCUAAUCGGCGUAUGGAAAUUAUAGAAGAUUUGGCCUUCUACUCUAGUACAGUAGUUUCUCUAUUGAUGACCUGUGUAGAAAAAGCAGGAACGGAUGAGAAAAUGCUUAUGAAGGUCUUCCGCUGUUUGGGAAGUUGGUUUAACUUAGGAGUUUUAGACAGUAACUUUAUGGCUAAUAAUAAGUUACUAGCACUCCUUUUUGAGGUUUUGCAACAGGAUAAAACCUCAUCCAACCUUCACGAAGCUGCUUCAGAUUGUGUAUGCUCAGCUCUCUAUGCGAUUGAGAACGUGGAAACGAAUUUGCCUUUGGCCAUGCAACUUUUCCAAGGAGUUCUGACAUUGGAAACCGCCUAUCACAUGGCUGUGGCACGUGAAGAUUUAGACAAAGUUUUGAAUUACUGUCGUAUUUUCACUGAACUAUGUGAAACUUUUCUUGAGAAAAUUGUUUGUACUCCAGGCCAAGGUCUCGGGGACCUGCGAACUCUAGAACUGCUUCUUAUCUGUGCAGGACAUCCGCAAUAUGAGGUUGUAGAAAUUUCCUUUAAUUUUUGGUAUCGACUAGGAGAGCAUUUAUAUAAAACUAAUGAUGAAGUUAUUCACGGUAUCUUCAAAGCUUACAUUCAGAGGCUGCUUCAUGCCUUGGCUCGACACUGCCAGCUGGAACCAGACCAUGAGGGGGUUCCUGAAGAGACUGACGACUUUGGGGAGUUUCGGAUGAGGGUAUCAGACCUGGUGAAAGACUUGAUUUUCUUGAUUGGGUCUAUGGAGUGUUUUGCUCAGUUAUAUUCUACUCUGAAAGAAGGCAACCCGCCCUGGGAGGUGACAGAAGCGGUUCUCUUUAUCAUGGCUGCUAUAGCAAAGAGUGUUGAUCCGGAGAACAACCCGACUCUUGUGGAGGUCCUGGAAGGCGUGGUCCGGCUGCCCGAGAGCGUGCACACCGCCGUGCGCUACACCAGCAUCGAGUUGGUCGGAGAGAUGAGUGAAGUGGUCGAUCGAAACCCUCAGUUCCUCGACCCUGUGUUGGGCUAUCUGAUGAAAGGCCUGUGUGAAAAGCCCCUGGCUUCUGUUGCAGCCAAAGCCAUUCAUAACAUAUGCUCUGUUUGCCGAGAUCACAUGGCUCAGCACUUUAAUGGACUCUUGGAGAUUGCCCGUUCCCUUGACUCCUUCAUGUUGUCUCCAGAAGCUGCUGUGGGCUUGUUGAAAGGAACAUCACUUGUCCUCGCCAGAUUACCUUUGGAUAAGAUUACUGAAUGCCUUAGUGAACUAUGUUCUGUACAGGUUAUGGCAUUGAAAAAGCUGUUGUCUCAGGAGCCCAGCAACGGCUUGUCAUCAGACCCCACUGUGUUCUUAGAUCGCCUCGCAGUGAUAUUUAGACAUACCAAUCCCAUUGUAGAAAACGGACAGACUCAUCCAUGCCAGAAAGUCAUACAGGAAAUCUGGCCGGUGUUGUCUGAAACUCUGAAUAAGCACCGGGCUGAUAACCGGAUCGUGGAGCGUUGCUGCAGGUGCCUCCGCUUUGCCGUCCGCUGUGUCGGCAAAGGCUCUGCUGCCCUCUUGCAGCCUCUCGUUACACAGAUGGUGAAUGUGUACCAUGUACAUCAGCAUUCCUGUUUCCUGUACCUGGGGAGCAUCCUAGUGGACGAGUACGGCAUGGAGGAGGGCUGUCGGCAGGGGCUGCUGGACAUGCUCCAGGCCCUGUGCAUCCCCACCUUUCAGCUCCUGGAACAGCAGAACGGGCUGCAGAAUCACCCCGACACGGUGGACGACCUGUUCAGGCUAGCCACCAGGUUUAUUCAGCGUAGCCCUGUCACCUUGCUGAGGAGCCAAGUGGUCAUUCCUAUUUUACAGUGGGCCAUCGCCUCUACCACCCUGGACCACCGGGAUGCCAAUUGUAGUGUCAUGAGAUUCCUACGAGACCUCAUCCACACAGGAGUAGCCAAUGAUCAUGAAGAUGACUUUGAAUUACGGAAAGAACUGAUUGGACAAGUGAUGAACCAGCUUGGCCAGCAGCUCGUAAGCCAGCUGCUCCACACGUGCUGCUUCUGCCUCCCCCCCUACACACUACCAGACGUGGCCGAAGUGCUCUGGGAGAUCAUGCAGGUUGACAGACCGACAUUUUGUCGGUGGUUAGAGAAUUCCUUGAAAGGUUUGCCAAAGGAGACGACCGUGGGAGCUGUGACAGUGACACACAAACAGCUUACAGACUUCCACAAGCAAGUCACUAGUGCUGAGGAAUGUAAACAAGUUUGCUGGGCCUUGCGAGACUUUACCAGGCUGUUUCGAUAGCUACACUCCUGCACUGUGCCUGUCACCCGGGAAUGUCUUUUUUAAUUAGAAGACAAGAAGACGACAAAAACCAGACUGUGUCCCACAAUCAGAAACCUCCGUGUGGCAGAGGGCCUUCUGCCACCAGGGCAUCCCGACAGAAAGGGAGAGACUCCAGCCUUCCAGGGCCACCCCAAGGAGUUCCUAUUUGGGGGCGUGAGGGAAAAUCAGCGCUGUCUCAGAAAAGACGCCUGCAGCCUCACAGUGCGGGGAGGGGGGAGCUGGUUUCCUGGUGAACUUGUUUCUAAACGGAAAAAUAAUUUUAAGGAAAUAAAAAAAAAGAGAAAAAAAAAGGAAAAUUAAACUGAAAACGGAACUGAAACAUUCUCCUGGUAACAAAUGACAUGCACCAUGGGGUUCCACAUGCCUGCCACACAUACCAACGGCGUGCGCACACAGGAACAUUUCUGAGGGGGAUACGGAAACACGCGUGAUGGACCCCGAAACCGUGGGGAGACCAGGGCCGAGAGCUGCUGGGUCUCGUCCUUUCCCUCCCACCCGCCCUAGUCCCCGCUCCCCUGGGCCCCUGCGAAGGACCGCAGAGAACCUGCCCCUUCUCUGGCCGUGCUCAGACCAGGACAGGAGGGCGAGCAGUCCUGACCCUGCUGGCCUCUCGCCAGCUCCCAACCCAACAGGUUGUCACCAGCCCUAGAAAGACGAGCCAGGCCAAAAGAUCGGGGGUGGGUAGGAUAUAAAUGUGUUUCUGUUUUAGGGUUUUUAGAAGAUUUUUAAUUUUUCGCCCACAGACAGAAGAGGAUGACAGUUGGGGGUGGGUGGGUAUUUACAAUACUUUUUUUUUUUUUUUUUUUUUUUACUAAAAAUGUGGAAAUCAUUUGAUUUCUCGGGGCGAAAGGCAAGCCCACAGCAGAUCUUAGUGUUCGGAAGGAGGUGAGGCCUGCAAGGGCAUUAGUGUGACAGCUGGUGUCGCCCUCCCAAGAACAAAUCCACAGCAGCAGCAAAAAAGAAUAAUAA